CCACUCACUCUCCCACUCUCCCCAGUCUCUCCCAGUCCCUCCCAGUGCUCCCAGUUUCCCAGCCAUGCUGCGCCGUUUCCGCGGCCGUCGCUCAGUUCCUCGCCCAGUCCCGGCCGUGUGGGAUUCCCUUCGCUCCCUUUACCGCUCCAAGCUGCUCCCGGCCGAGCGUUUCUACGACUUCGGCUCCUUCCACUCCCCCCCCCUGCACGACUCCGACUUCCACCCCAAACCCCUGGUGCUGGUUCUGGGCCAAUAUUCCAGCGGGAAAACUUCCUUCAUCCAGUACCUGCUGGAGCAGCAGAUCCCGGGAUCCCGCGUGGGGCCCGAGCCCAGCACCGAGCGAUUCGUGGCCGUGGUGCACGGCGAGAGCGAGGGGAUCAUCCCCGGCAACGCCCUGCUGGCCGAUCCCGAGAAACCUUUCCGGAAUCUGGAGAGAUUCGGGAAUGGAUUCCUCAACCGGUUCGUUUGUGCCACCCUGAACAAUCCGGUCCUGGAGAGCAUCAGCCUGAUCGACACCCCCGGGAUCCUGGCGGGGGCCAAGCAGAGGGUCUGCAGGGGCUACGACUUCCCGGCCGUGCUCCGCUGGUUCGCCGAGCGCUCGGACCUGGUGAUCCUCCUCUUCGACGCGCACCACCUGGAGAUCUCGUCCGAGUUCUCGGCGGCGCUGGCGGCGCUGCGGGGCCACGAGGAGAAGCUGCGGGUGGUGCUGAACAAGGCGGACGCGGUGGCGCCGCAGCGGCUGCUGCGCGUUUACGGGGCGCUGAUGUGGGCGCUGGGCCGCGCCCUGGGAUCCCCCGAGGUGCUCAGGGUGUUCCUGGGAUCCUUCUGGGCGCGGCCCCUGCGCGACGCCGAGCACCGGCGCCUCUUCCAGCGCGAGGAGAGGGAUCUGUUCCGGGAGAUCCGGGCGCUGCCCCGCAACGCCGCCACACGCAGGGUCGGGGAUCUGGUGAAGAGGGCGCGGCUCGUCAAGGUGCACGCGCUGAUCCUGUCGCGGCUGCGCCGGGAGCUGCCGGCGCUGCUGGGGAGCCGCGGGCGCCGCAAGCGCCUGAUCCAGCGGCUGCCGGAGCUGCUGGCCCAGAUCCAGAGCGAGCACCAGAUCCCGGCCGAGGAGAUCCCCGACUGCGCCCGCCUGCAGGAGCAGCUGCUGGCUCGGGACCUCUCCAACCUCCCCGGCCCCAAACGGCGCCUGCUGGAGGGGCUGGACGAGCUCCUCAACCGCGACCUCCCCGCCCUCACCCCCCUUCUCCACCCCACAACUCCCCCCGUGCGCGGCGGCGCCCUCGACCCCUCCCCGGGACCCUUCGGCGCCGACUCCGAGGAGGAGGAGGAAGACGAGGAUGACGAGGAUGAUGGCGAGGAGUGGGUGGUGAUGAAGGAUAAAGCCAAAUACGACGAGAUUUUCUACGGGCUGGCGCCCAACAACGGGAAGCUGAGCGGGCUGAGGGCCAAGGGCUGGAUGGUGAGCAGCAAAUUGCCCAGCUCGGUGCUCGGAAGGAUCUGGAAGCUCAGUGAUGUGGACAGGGAUGGGAUGUUGGACCACGAGGAGUUCGCCCUGGCCGGGCACCUGAUCGGGGCCAAGCUGGAGGGACGGGGGCUGCCGGAGGAUUUGCCGCCGCGGUUGGUGCCGCCCUCCAAGAGGAGGCAAAAGGGCUCGGUGGAGUGAGACAGGAAAUAAAGGAGAUUUGUGGUGUUUGAGGGGAAAAACCGGCAAUAAAACCGGGAAUGGAAUUCCCGUUAUUCAACCCAAAAAUCCAGCAAUAAAACCGGGAAU